AUGACACCUAGCGCGACCAACAUCUACACCCACAACCAGUAUCAAGACUUGUUGUCUCUGAAAAGAGGCUCCAUUGAUACCAAUUCCUCCGUCUCCGGCUACGAAAGCGGAGCAGAGAGCUACGAUGGCGCAAAAUCCGCCAAAGAGAUGAUUGGCGCUGCUUUGCAGAAGCAUAUUGAAAAUGUGAACCCACACGAUUGUGAGGCCGGCGCAGAGGAUGCUUUCUUUGUUGCCGACUUGGGCGAGGUCUAUCGGCAGCACAUGCGCUGGAAGAAGAAUCUUCCUCGUGUGACUCCACACUACGCUGUGAAGUGCAACCCAGACCCAUCUGUACUGAGCCUGCUUGCCAAACUCGGCGCUGGCUUCGACUGCGCUAGCAAGACUGAGAUCGAGCAAGUCCUGGCCAUUGGUGUCGAAACCUCUCGCAUCAUCUACGCUCAGCCAUGCAAGACCAAGAGCUACUUGCGGUACACGGCCAAGCAAGGCGUCACGCAGAUGACGUUUGACAACACCGACGAGCUGUACAAGAUCAAGGAGUUGUUUCCCACAGCUGAGCUGUAUCUUCGCAUCUUCACCGACGAUUCUGCCAGCUUGUGCCGCUUGAGCCAGAAGUUCGGAGCCAGCAUGGACAACACCCAGGAGCUUCUCACUCUUGCAAAGGAGUUGGAAUUGAACGUUGCUGGAGUAGCGUUUCAUGUCGGAUCUGGCGCCUCUGAUCCGGCGGCUUUCCGCCAGGCUGUCCGCGACGCUCGCACCGUCUUCGACCAGGCCGCCCUUCUUGGCCAUGAACUCCACACACUGGACUGUGGCGGCGGCUUCGUCUCUGAGACGUUUGACGAAAUGUCGGCAGUCCUUUCCGACGCCUUGGACGAGCAUUUCCCUCGGUCUGUCCGCAUCAUUGCCGAGCCUGGUCGCUACUACACCAGCUCCGCGUUCACGUUGGCAUGCAACGUCAUUGCUCGCCGCACCGUUGCGGACAAGGAGUCUGGCGGUGACAACAAGUACAUGCUGUACAUGAAUGACGGUGUUUACGGAAACUUUUCCAGCAUCAUCUUCGACCACCAGAACCCCAUCCCUCAGGUGCUCCGCUCGCGUCUCCGCUCGGAUGGAUUCAAUUAUACACCGGCAUCUUUGCUCGACUCAGGUUACACUUCCGCUGAGGAUGAGCACCUCACCGAUCUGCCUGGACGCAAGAAGCAAGUCACCUACUCCAUCUGGGGACCCACCUGCGAUGGCAUUGACUGCAUCGCCAGCGAGUGGUCUUCCACCGACACUCUGGAUGUCGGCGACUGGCUUUACUUUGAGGAAAUGGGAGCAUACACCAAGUGCUCCGCGACUCGCUUCAACGGCUUCACCGACAAGCAUGAGACUAUCUACGUCUGCAGUGAGCCCGAUGCUUCGGCCUUGGUAGACUUGUAA